AUGACAGGGAAGUCGAUGCUGCUGGAGGUGCUGGGGAAUUACGGGCUGGGAGUGGAAUUCGGCGAUCCCUAUAGGUUCCAGGUGAAGGAAGAGGAGGGACCCACUGACAAGAUCGCAUCGUACACGUUUUUCACCAGGGACACCCAAAGAUUCCCUCGUCCCAUCACCUUCAUCGACACCCCGGGCUUCCAAAGGGGGAGGCUCGAGGACGAUCGAACGUUAAUGAACGACAUCCGUGGUUUCAUCCAUCGCAAUCACUAUCAUGGCAUCCACGCAGUCAUCUACGUCGUCACAGGUUCUCAGGGGAGGUUAACGGCAGAGCAGAGGAUGGUGUUGGGAAACAUGGCAGAAGUCUUGGGAGAUGAAUCUGCCGGGAUCUCCUUUUUAUUUUGCACAUUUGCGGACAGCAGACACCUUCCCGUCCUAGAAUCCGUGAGAGAGGUCGGACUUAGAUACCAGAAGUAUUUCGUCGUCAACAGCUCUUCCUACUUCGCUAACGAGGAAGAUGAAGAUGAACCUUCUACCGACGACGAAGAGGAUUGGAUGAAAACGAAAGCUGGUUCUAUCAACGAAUUGCUGUGGAAAGUGACAACAGAGAACAUCCAGGAAUUCGUCGGAAUUCUGUCUACAAGAUUAAUAGCGCUGGGCUGGAUUGGAAACGAUGUGGCAGAGUUGUCUCGCGAUGAGAACGAUGACGAAUCCCAUUAUUCCAUAGGCGUGAUCCCACCCCUACCGGAUGAAGACGUGUCAGGUCCCAACGCUAAAAUUCUCGGCUGGAUUCCCCGCGGCAUCAAAAGAUCCCAGCGUACACGCUACAACGGGAUCCUCUCUGAUUCCCUCCCGCUCACAUGUGGCAUCCCCCAAGGCACGGUGUUUGGCCCCUUACUGUUCUCCGUGAUGGUGAAUGACGACGUGCAAGUUGGUGCCCAAGUUUUCAAGUACGUCGACGACAAAACCCAUCCCAAGAACUCCAUCCCCGAACACCAGCCUCCAGCCAGCGAUCGUAGCCAAGGCAUCAAGACGAUUAUUCAUGCUCAAGAUCUUAAAAUCCUUUGGAGCGCCCCGUGA